AUGUGCCGGGAGAGGAUCCUCACUCUCUGUCCGGUAUCGCAUAUUUGAAGGCUCUUAAACGAAGCGAUCUUAGUCCCCUGCCAUUCGCCUUGGAAUACCCCGCUGCUUCCAGUUCAGAAAUCAGGUACUCAAGACUACAGGCCAGUACAGGACCUCAGAGAAGUAAAUAAGCGUGUUGAAACUAUACAUCCCAUCGUUCCCAACCCCUACACCCUCCUCAGCCAACUGCCGCCUAGCCACCAGGUAUACACCGUCCUUGAUUUAAAGGACGCUUUCUUCACUCUCCCCCUAGCAAAGGCGAGUCAACCACUAUUUGCAUUUGAAUGGGAGGGCCCUGAUAAACUGUAUUCAGGACAAUUGACUUGGACUAGACUGCCGCAGGGAUUUAAGAACUCACCCACAUUGUUUGAGGAGGCUCUGAGCCGGGACCUUGUUGACUUUCAUCAGAGACAUCCAGAGACUGUUCUUUUACAAUAUGUAGAUGAUUUACUCUUAGCCGCUACCACAGAUGUAGAAUGUAAGUGGGCCACUGAAGAUUUAUUACAAGAAUUAGAGGUUAAGGGAUACCGGGUGUCCGCUAAGAAAGCUCCACUCUGCACUUCCCAGGCAAUGUAUUUAGGAUAUAAGCUGCAAGGAGGCCACCAGACUCUGUCAUCAAGCAGAACUGAGGCCGUUUUAAAAAUACCCCAACCCACCACCAAGCGGCAGGUCCGAGAGUUUCUCGGGGCCAUAGGCUACUGCAGGCUCUGGAUCUCAGGGUUUGCGUUAGCCAAGUCCCUGUAUGCCAGCACUGGGGGAAAGUCUGAGGACUUACACUGGGGGAAAGCAGAGAAAGUGUCCUUUGAGGCCCUAAAAACAGCCUUGACCACAGCCUCUGCUUUGGCUCUGCCUACUUUAGACAAGCCGUUCCAAAUCUUUGUGACUGAAACUAGAGGUAUAGCAAAGGGGAUCCUCACCCAGACUUUAGGACCAUGGAAGAGACCUGUUGCAUACCUCUCCAAAAGACUGGACUGUGUUGCAGCAGGGUGGCCUAAUUGCUUGCGGGCCAUUACGGCCACAGCUAUCCUCACCAAAGAAGCCCUGAAGUUGACUUUAGGGCAGACUAUCCAGAUUAUAGCCCCCCAUGCAGUGGAGACCAUGCUCCACAGCUCCCCUGGUCGUUGGAUUUCAAAUGCACGGAUCACUCAAUACCAGGUUUUUCUCCUUAAUCCCCCACAAGUACAAUUCUUGAAAACUUCUGUUCUUAACCCAGCCACCCUUUUGCCUGAUGAUGACCCUCAGCAGCCAUUACAUGAUUGUCUUGAGCUUUUGGAAAACAUCGCCUGCCUCAGGCCAGAGCCGCAGGCCAGACCUGACUGACGUCCCAUGGCCACAGCCGGAUGCCACACUGUACACGUCGUCGCAGAAGGAGUCAGGUAUGCUGGGGCGGCAGUAGUUGCCGGAGGGACUGUCAUCUGGCCUCAGGCCCUGAGCCACGGAAUAUCAGUCCAGCAAGCCGAACUCAUCGCUGUGACCCAAGUGCUCCGAUGGGGUAAGGAGAAGACAGUUAACAUCUAUAUAGACAGCAGGUAUGCCUUUGCUACUGCACAUAUUCAUGGGGCACUCUAUAAGGAGAGAGGAUUACUCACCUCAGGGGGGAAGGAAAUCAGGAACAGAGAAGAGAUCCUAGCUCUCCUGGAAGCCAUCUGGCUGCCUAAGAAAGUGGCUAUCAUACACUGUCCAGGUCCCCAGAGAGCUGAGUCUGAGAUAGCCCGGGGAAAUGCCUUUGCCGAACGAAUUGCAAAGGAAGCUGCCCAAAAACCAGUGCGGCCCAUUGACAUUCUUCCAGUUCUGCCCCCCAGAACGUUUCCAGACUCACCCGUCUACACCCCGGGUGAACUUGAAUUAUGCAGUAAGCUAAAGGGGGUAAAAAGACCCCCUGGAUUACCCGGUGCCUUAAGUCGGAAACUAAUCUCUCUAGUCCAUCAGAGCACCCACCUAAGAAGAACAAAGUUGAUUGAACCUUUGAAAAGAGACUAUUAUAUCCCAGAACUAUACAAAACUGCCAAAGAGGUAACAAGAUGUUAUAUUUGCGCCCAAGUUAACCCUGGGCCUCCUGUUAAAGUGCAAAUUGGAUCAAGACUAAGGGGCCAAGCCCUGGGGGAACAUUGGAAACUAGACUUUACAGAAGUAAGCCCUGGAACUUUUGGAUUUAAGUAUCUACUCGUGUUCAUCGACACCUACUCAGGAACGACUGAAGCCUUCGCAACUAGGAGAGAAACUGCUCAGGUAGUAGCUAAGAAAUUAGUAUCAGAAAUAGUACCCCGAUUUGGCUUGCCAUUAAUAUUGGGGUCUGACAAUGGCCCGGCGUUCAUCGCCAAAACAAGUCAAACCUUAGCCAGAAUAUUAGGCAUUAAUUAGAAACUACACUGUAUAUAUAGACCUCAGAGUUCAGGCCAGGUAAAAAGAAUGAACAGGACUUUAAAGGAAACUUUAACCAAAUUUAAACUUGAAACUGGCGAGAAUUGGGUGAGCCUCCUCCCCUUUGCCCUUCUUAGGGUGAGAUGUACCCCUUACCUCCAAGGCCUCACCCCAUAUGAAAUCAUGUUUGGGAGACCGCCACCU